AGUUUGGUGUCCAACCUGGUGUUCGGGGCAGUUUCAGUCAGAGAUACGUAAAUAACCACGUGACGUUCCUGUUUGUGUCUGUAACGCAGCCGCGAGAUGAAGGAGUCCUGUCUGUGUGUGGUGCUGAUCUAUGUGAACUACAUCUGCAGUGUUCUGCUGCACGGGAAUGUGUUUGAUAGGAAGAAUUAGACACUAGAACUGCCUCUAGUCUGUCUGCAAUGCAUUAUGGGAUGUAAGAUGGUGUAAUCAUCCUGGUUACUGAACUCCAGGUUUGUUACAGAUCUGUUCUGCCUUCAGACCCACGUGGGUCCAGUUCCUCUUCAGUGAUGAAGCAGAACCCGACCAAUACUCUGGCAGAAACCAGCAGAAGUUCUGGUUCCGUCUUCUUCACAGACUGACGUUUAGUGAACCUGACCGGUUCUGUGGGAUUCUAGUGAGACGGUGAAAGACGGAACCACGUCCAAGUUCGGUCCACAAAGUGGAUUUUUUCAGAACUCAUCGUGGAUCGGAUCCACGUUCGUAGAAGGAAAGAAUUUUUCUGAGUUUUCUUCAAUUCAACUCAAGAAAUGUCCGUUUAUUUGAACAAAAGUCUGUUUAGUUCUGAAAAAGCCUUUCAGUUUAUGAGGGAUUCAAACUGUGGCAGCAGCCGCGGCUCAGAGGUGGAGCGGUCGACCACUGAUCACAAGAUCGAGGUUGAGUUCUGCCCUGUCCGUGUGUCUUUGGGCAAGACGCUGAACCCCAUGGCGUAUGGGGGCGUGUCUGUCCGUGUCCGUCCGUGUGGGCGUGUCCGUGUGGGCGUGUCCGGCGCUUUGGGCCCUAAAGCUCAGCGUUAAACUGAACAAACAUUUAUGAGUAAAUAAUAAAAUCUGAACAUUUUUACGGAGUCGCUCUAAGAGGAAAUCCGCUCAUGGCUGGAAAUGUUGGAUCAGUUGUUUUCAGUUCAUCUGAGGAGGACUUUUGGGUCCGUGCACGUGGGUCCGUGCACGUGCAGGACCCACGGACAGAGGAGUUCUGUCAGGUUCUGGUCUGUUCUUUACGUUUCCCUCUAGGCACCAUGUCCAUCCCGUCCCUGCUGGUUCUGUACGGGAGCCAGACCGGCACGGCCCAGGAUGCGGCCCAGAGGAUCGGCCGGCAGGCGCAGAGGAGGCGGCUGCCGGUCCGGGUGAUGGCUCUGGACAGCUACGCCGUGGCCGACCUGAUUGCAGAGUCUCUGGUGGUGUUUGUCUGCUCCACCGCCGGACAGGGAGAGCCUCCGGACAACAUGAAGAACUUCUGGAGGUUUCUCUUCAGGAAGUCUUUACCCGGGGGCUCUCUGAGCCGGCUGGACUGUGCCGUGCUGGGUCUGGGGGAUUCCUCCUAUCCCAAGUUCAACUUUGUGGCAAAGAAGCUUCAUAAGCGUCUUCUGCAGCUCGGCGCCAACAUGCUGAUGCCUGUUGGGCUUGGCGAUGAUCAGCACGACGUGGGGCCGGACGCCGUCGUGGACCCCUGGCUCGCGUCCUUUUGGGGGUCGGUUCUGGCCCUUUACCCGUCCUUGACCAGUGUGACCCCGUUAAGAGAGGAUGAGCGACUUCCUCCCACGUUCACAUUCCACUUCCUGGUGGGCGAGAGAGAGAGCGGCGAUGAGAGACUAAGGGUCUCUGAGGGGGAGGCGGGUCCCUUUCGUGCCCGGAUGGUUUUCAACAGGAGAGUGACGGAGCCGAGCCACUUCCAGGACGUGAGGCACAUUGAGUUUGACGUCACCGGUUCCAGCAUGAGGUUUGCUGCUGGAGACGUGGUGAUGAUGCGUCCUCGUAACGCCGCGGAGGACGUGCAGCAGUUCUGUCUGCUGCUCGGGUUGGAUCCAGACGCCACUUUCCUUCUAGAACCAACCAGCAACUCUCCAGUUCCAGCCAGACUUCCUCGGCCCUGCUCCGUGCAGCACCUGGUGGAGAGCUACCUGGACAUCGCCGCCGUGCCCCGGCGCUCGUUCUUUGAGCUGCUGGCUACGUUCGCCACAGACGAGCUGGAGAGAGACAAGCUGGUUGAGUUCAGCUCUGCAGCAGGUCAGGACGAGCUGAACUCCUACUGCAGCCGACCCCGCCGAACGGCACUGGAGGUUUUGGCAGAUUUCCCCCAAACUACGGCAGAACUCAAAGUGGACUACCUGCUGGAUCUGUUCCCAGAGAUCCAGCCUCGCUCCUUCUCCAUCGCCUCCUCACUCAAGGCUCAUCCUCACAGGCUCCAGAUCCUGGUGGCUGUGGUGAGAUUCCAAACCAAGCUCCAGAAACCAAGACGAGGACUGUGUUCCUCCUGGUUGGCCUCUCUGGACCCUGAAAAAGGGGAGGUGUGCGUCCCCCUGUGGGUGAAGGGGGGGAGUUUGACCUUCCCGGCAGACGCAGACACCCCCGUCAUCAUGGUGGGGCCUGGAACAGGGGUGGCGCCGUUCAGGGCGGCUCUGCAGGAGCGUCUUUGUGAGGGCAGAACCGCCAACGUCCUGUUCUUCGGCUGCCGUUCAGAGUCCAAAGACUUCCUCUUCCGGUCUGAGUGGGAGCUCAUGGUGGAAGCUGGAGGGCUGACUCUCUUCACGGCUUUCUCACGAGACCAGGAGGAAAAGGUGUACGUCCAGCGCCGCGUCAGGGAGAACGCCGCGCUGCUGUGGGAGCUGAUCUCCAGGAGAAAAGCCUGCUUCUACAUCGCCGGAAAUGCCAAACAGAUGCCAGCCAGCGUGUGCGACUCUCUGAAAGAGGUGUUCCAGCAGGAAGGAGGCGUGUCUGCAGACGCGGCUGCGCAGAUGCUAGCAGCCAUGGAAAAGACGAGCCGACUGCAGAGCGAGACUUGGUCUUGAUUUGAAGACAUUUCCCUUCACUUCUCUAAAAACACAAAAUAAAGUUCUUUGUCUUGGA